AUGGAAAUUAGAAAUGGUAUUAUUUACAAAUGUGGAAUUGGUGAUUAUCUCAACAUAUCAAAUGAUUGUGCUGGCUGUGGAAGUUCUAUUUCAAUUUGCCAAUUAUCAAAGAACAGAAUUACUCCCCUGGAGUGUACCACUAAUUAUAUAUUUGACACAACUUCAAACCAAUGUGUUCCAGAUGAAAACUGCAAAACGGCAAAAUAUGGAUUUUGCACCAAGUGUGCUUCUAAUUUAAAUUACCCAUCACAAGGAAGGUGUUCCAAAUGUCAAACAAACAAUUGUGGUCUCUGUGACAGUAAUGGUUGUCUUGAAUGGUUGGAUGGCUUUGUAAAAUACACUGACACUUGGUGUAUAUCAAAGAGUGAAAUAUCAACAUGCAAAACAUUUAGCUCAAGUGGGUGUGUUGUUUGCAAUGAGGGGUAUUACCAGACAGACUCAAAGAAUGUAGAGAACAAGUACGAUUACUGUGUCCCAAUAGAAUCCACAACAGUUACAUAUUGCAAGAGAUACAGUGCAAAUAACAAUAAAUGUGUUGAGUGUCUUGAUACCUUCAAAUUAAAAAAUGGAAUUUGUGCUGAAACAUUUGAUGAAGAUGACAAACUUAAAACAAGCAGUAAAACAGUAACAGAAACAACUUGUUUAAUUCGAAAUAACAAAGGAUGCCAACACUGCGCCGGUGGAUUUUACAACAUCAACAACGAAUGCCUUCAAUGUAAAAAUGACUGUCUUUUUUGUUACAACACGACUUAUUGCACAACAUGUAGAUCUGGGUUUUAUUUUGACACAUCAGGAAACUGUAAAUCUCUUGGUGUGUUGGAGGAAAGUUGUGACAUUGCGCUACCCGGUAGUGGAUGUGCAAUUUGUAACAGUGGGUAUUAUCGAGAGGGUAUCAGCUGUAUACAUUGUGAUGAGUCGUGUGCACUUUGUGUUAAUAGUUACGAAUGUCUUGCAUGCAAAGACGGCUAUUUCAACAUUCAAAGCGAAGGCAAAUUGUGUCAAUCAAAUACAACACUUUCAAAUUGUGAAUUGUCAUCGUUUUCUGGCUGUGAAAGGUGUGUGUUUGGUCAUUACUUAUUAAAUCACAAAUGUUAUAAAUGUAUUUCAAAUUGCAUUUCAUGUGAAACUGAAAGGUUAUGCACAGAAUGUGAUGAUCAAGAUUAUGUUUUAGUUAACUCGCAAUGUCUUCAUUAUACAAAAGUAAAUCGUUGUGUUUCAGCACAGAAUUCAAAAUGUGUUAAAUGUGAAGGUCAACAAAAACCGACAGAUUAUGGUGAUAGUUGCACAGAAUCUGUUAAUUAUGGUUUUGUCAUAGGUAUUCCAAUCACAGUUGUAGUACUGUUGAUAUUAACAAUUACUUUGUUAACAAUUAUUCUACUUUAUAUACUUCAGCGAUAUAGUCACAAACAACAAAUGCAGAAUGUCUGUGUUUUCGAUAUUAAAAGUUCUAAUUUAACGAUGGAAAAAAUGAACAACGUUUUGUGCUCCAACAAAAAUGUUUUACGCUUUGAUAUUGAUAGCGACGAAGUUAUUAAAGUAAACACCAAGACUCGUGACUUGAUAUGUAUUGGAAACACUUCAAAACACAGUUUGAAGGUUCAAUUUAGUGUGAUUGAAGGGUGUGAUUGUUACCAAAUACGUACACUGCCUUCUAUAGUCACACUAAAGCAAGGCAAAGCCUGUGAAUUUGAGUUAUUUAUAAAGCCGUUAUGUUCAUGUCAAAUAAAAGAAAAUAUUAUGGCGAUUGCUCUUGACAUUGUGACAGGAACUGUUUUGAGUAACAAAUUACAAAUAGAAGUCAACACAGAACAAUCAACCAAAUUAAAUUACAGAGAACUCGAAGAAACGAAGCAAAUUGGCGAAGGUUCAUUUGGUGUUGUGUACAAAGGAAAUUACAGAGGAAAUGUUGUUGCUAUUAAAAAGAUGAAACAAAGUGAUAAUAAAGAAGAAACCAUUUCUGAAUUUAAAAAUGAAGUCGACAUGUUAGACAAAUUCCGAAGUGAGUAUAUCGUACAUUUCUUUGGAGCCGUUUUAAUACCAAACAAGAUAUGUAUGGUCACAGAAUUUGCGCAAUAUGGAAGUUUACAGGACUUGAUUAAUAAGAAAAAAUCCAAUGAAGUUGAAAUGAAUUUACGAAUAAAAUUGAUCUUAGAUGCUUCAAAGGGAUUUUAUAUUUACAUUAAAAUGGAAUUUUACAUAGAGAUAUCAAACCAGACAAUAUUCUUAAAUAUCAACAUGUUGAUGACUAACAUGUCAUUCACAAAAGGAAUUGGAACACCAGUGGACAUGGCACCUGAAAUAGUUAAGAAGGAAAAGUACAAGAAAUCUGCUGAUGUGUUCUCACUUGGUAUUACUAUGUUUGAGUGUUUUGGGUGGUGUCAGGCAUAUCCAAAAACACAAUUCAAAUAUCCAUGGGUUAUUGCAAAGUUUGUGAUUGAAGGAAAACGUCUUGAUAAAAAGGAGAAUAUGAGUGAUAAAUCUUUUGAGAUAAUCCAAAGAUGUUGGGAACAUGAACAAUCAAAAAGACUGAAUAUUAAAGAUUUAAUUUCCAGUCUAUCAAAUUUAACUUUAAAGGUCUGA